AAAACAAUGUCGGGAAUCCGGUACCACACUGCUUAACUUGAUUCCUGCUGAGAGAGUACUGGAUGUGCGAUCGUGUUUGCCUAACUUCCUGAUACGACAUUCACAUCAAAAUGCAUGUGCAUUUUUCUCAACCUGCUGAAGCGAACUAGUUGAAGGCGAUGUAAGAGUUUACUUGUGUUUAUCAAUCGUACGGCGGUGUUGCUAGAAUGAUCGGGGUUUAUAGUUGUUGAAAAGAUGUUUUGGAUCGUUAUUAUUUUAUUUGGCUUCAUUCUAUACUGUGAGUAAUAAUAUAAAUGUAUUAAUUUCAUUUUUUGGCAAAUUGAAAGUUGAUCUGUUAUCAGUAUUAGUGGAUGUCGUAGAUAUAAACACAACAAAUUGUGACUCAUCGACACCAAACUUAAGAUAUUUACCUCAAACAAAUCCCAAACACACCGCGAAUAAGAUAUUCAAGGAAGGUUAGACUUACCAAAACAGGAGCCCCGAAAAAUUAUACAGAUUUGAGCAAUCCGUUUAUAAGUCAACAUAAAAAAACGGAGGAUGAACACAGUACAAAAAAUAAUCAGGAUUUUAAAAAAAUACAAAACUUGAAUGAAAUCCUAAUUGGAAGUAAGACGGCACCAAAUAUUCAAAAGCAAACGAGAAGAUCCACUUCUGUUGUACCUGGAAAAAAAUCAGCUGACCUUAAAUCUAAAGAACCCAAGUUAAUUGUUCCAAAACAAACAAAUAGAAAAGUGAAAAAGAGUACAGAUGCUUGUAAACCAACAUUUAAACAAAAAGAAGCGACAAAUUUGUUUAAAAACAAGGAGGCAACUCCCAUUACAACAUUCGAAGAAAUUCGUUCGUUUAGGAAAAAAAAAUAUGACGGUGUAUUGUCCGGUGCGUCGGUUCAUAACGUUAAAAACAAAGAAAUAUCUUCCAAAUUGAAAAAACAAAGCAGUGGUAAAGAGAACGUGAUUAAAAAUAAUCGCCCCACUCAAUCUGAUCAAUAUAUUCAAACCACUCAGGAAGAAUAUCCGGAUUCCAAUAAUAAAUAUUACAGUUUCGAAAACUUGAAAAACAAGAACGGAAUUAAAUCACCCUGGAAUGUUAGCCCACUGACAUUAAUACAGGAUGCUUUACAGCCAAGUAUUCCAAGCAUUUUAACAAAUUCAGACAAAUUUUCUAAGGAAAUUUAUGAUGACCAGCUUUCUUUGGAGGAUGAUGAGCUGUGCAGGAUAAUACAUGGAAUUUAUGAUAGUGAAAGUGAUGACAGUGGAAAAAACGAAUUUGACGAAAUAUAUUACAAGAACCAACCACCCCCCACGAUUAUCGAUACAUCAAAGAUAGUUGUGGUUACCCCAAAGGAUUCAAACAGUCAGAUCGUAAAACCAAAUCAACGACCAAAAAACACGUUUGCAAGUGUAGCCCGUGUCGGACUAAAUUUGCAAGCUAUAAACAACAAUAAUGCUUUGACAGAAGCAGAAAGAGCCUUAACUCGAAACAAUCACGAUACUCAUGCGGAUUUUAGGGAAGAAUUUGUAGACGAUGGACUUAACUUUGUGCCAAAUAAUAAUCGACAUUCGCGAGCACAUAUUGAAAGAUGUUCAAAUAGUAUAAAGAACAAAAAGAAGAAAUUCGUUAAGGUUAAUUAUGGGAUUUUUAGCUUGAAAUAUGACUGAUUUUUUAAGUGACCUUUAUUAAGUACAUAAAUUAUUUGUAUAUAUUUUUUAUUGUAUUUGUGUACUAUUGACCAUUAAAUUUUUGUCAUUAUUUGUUUUCUUUAGCCGCGUUGGGCACUUUUUGGUAGGGGAAAAUCUUAUGGGUUCGCGUCACCGACGUGCUCGCCCUUCUUGUUAAUAAAUCCAGACAAAAGAAAAAAUUUGUUGGUUUAGCUGGCAACCUCGGUUACUAGACCAACAAACUAUGUGUCUGCUGGUGUUUUAAGAGGUACCCCGAAAACUAGACCUUAAGAAUAAAAUCCCGGAACUAGAGGCGAAGAGACCACCUCACAUACCCGAUAAACUUAUAACGCCGGACGUGCCAAUUUCAGCAGAAAAAAUGAUAUGUCACAACUGUAUCAACUGUGAAGAGACUUGGCCUACGGAGUCAAAUUUUGUUAUAUUGGACCAAUGUCCAAUAGAUGAUCGCACUCUUGAAGAACCGAAAUGUUCACCGUCUCAAUUAAACACUUCAAUGGGUAUUCCUUCGGUAAAAGUAAUAUCAAAUUAUAGGGGUCCCAUAGCUGUACCUCUGAAUAAGUUGGAGGAUUUCAUUAAGAAUGGUAUCAUAGAGGCUACGACUGCAGACAAUGGUGAACCUGAGUGGAAAAUAAACGAAGAUCAAUAUGGUUUGGUAAAAAUGAGACAAAUUGUAGAACACAAUUCAGAAAUGUUCAGAAAACAAAGCUCCCCUGUUCAACAGUGUUGCAUUUGUCCUCGAAGCCAGGAGAAUUUACCAAAUCAGGAACAGAUUAAUUCAAAACUCUGUAGUUUAUAUGGAUUUACUAUCGAAGAAAUAGAGGUACUGAAGAAUCUAAACAAACCCGGCAGCCACAACAAAUCGACAAAUGAAAAUCAGUCUGAUCCAAAAACUAUUUCAGUCAAAACGAAGAAGAAACGUAGUCGAAAGAAAGCUCUUUCGAAUAUUGGUUUAACGAACACAGAAGGUGACGUCGCAACAACGAAAAACGAGAAAGAAGUUGGAAGUGUGGACGUAUGUGAGGUUGAGGAAGGAACCACAGUGCCCAAAACAACAAAAAAGAAGAGGCAUAGAAAAAAGAAAAUUGCAAUUCAAUUACCUGAAGAAGAAACUUCAGCUGAUACGCAAAAAGAUUCUGCGAGCGUUAAAGAACACUUAAAUUCUGGAAAUGAUUUAGUGAAACCUCCACAAGAACCCAAAUCUAAUGUAAUCAAAAAAAGGAAGCGUUCAAAAAAGAAGAACAAAGAAAAUUCUGCUGCGGAAUCAAGUGGGGAUUUAAAAGAAUGGCAGGAUGUAACAAAAAAUACUGAUAAUCUCCUCCAAAUUGCUUCUGAGAUUGAUAAAUAUUAUUCAAACGGGGUUCCAGAAUCAGAUAGGGCAGCUGAUGUACAAACUCUAAGAGAUCAUUCAUUAAGUUCGCCAGUUAGAUCUUAUACAAUAGAACAGACAUUUAAAUUAAACGAUGCAAGUCUAGAUGAAGUAACUUGUGAAGAGACGUUCCGUCGCUUUUCAGAUCUUAAUCUGAAUUACGGAUAUGCAUUAUUUGACUCUUUACCAAAUUUGUCCCUACUAGAUAAUUCGUUGACAAGUACUGAAGGUGAGAAUUCGGAUAGUAACUUACGUAUUACCCAACAGUUAUCCAAACUUGGCAUAAAAAAUAAUCAAAACGAGUUAAGCGAUGAGGAUGCGAUGAGUUCCUCAUGUCUCAACACUUCGUAUGAUACAGAAUCGGGUAACUCGACAGAUACGAGUGAUGAAUUUAAUGGGGCACCCGCUGUGUCAGACGCGGUUGAAACGUGGGCUCAAGUCAUUUGUAGAAAAAUUAAAAGAAACAGCAAGCAAAUCGUCCUGGAUGAAAUGGUGACACUAAAGAAAUUAAACAAACCUGGCGGCAAGAAUAAAUCAACAAAUGGACAUCAAUCUAAUUCAAAUACUAAUUCAGAAAAUAUUAAAAAGAAACGAAACUUAGAGGAUAUACCUCCAAAUGAUGGUUUCGUGAAUUCAAGAGAAGCUACGGGCGAUACAGAAGAAAACACAGAUUGUAAAAUAACAAAAAAGGACAAACUCGUAAAAAAGAAAUCAACAGUUCAACUACCUGAAAAAACGUCAGGAAAAUGCGGAGAUUCUUUAUACAAAAAUGAACAAUUAAGGUCGGGAAAUAUUUCGGCAAAAGAGCAAGCUGAAUCUAAUAAAACCAGAAAGAAGCGUUCAAAAAAGAAGAACAAUGAAAACUUUGAUGUCGAAUCAACAGAUUAUUUAAAAAAACCAUACACUGGUUCAAUGAAAAGGACUAAUAAAUUGGAUAAUGCGGAUGUUAUGAAAGAAAUCGUCCAAGUUGCUUCCAAUGUUGAUAGAACUUAUUGUAGAUCAACAAUGGACUCCGUAGAAAACGCUAUUUUAGAAUCGGCAUGUAAAACAAAUGAAGAACUUGAUGUACAAGCUCUAGAAGAGCAUCCAUUAAGUUUACAAGUUACGUCCAAUAAUGAUGAAAAAGAGACAUAUAAAUUAGAUAAUACAGUUUUUAACAACGGAGACUUAUCAUUUAAGAGUAACGAGAAUACACCAGAUGAACACUCGGAUGAUACCGACCGGUUAUCACAAGAGACUUUAAAAAAUAACGAAACUGAUUCGAGUGACGAUUAUGGAUGGUACAUGAGUUCGCCAUUACGCAACACUUCCUAUGAUCCGGAAUGGGGCAACUCGACGGAUACGAGUGAUGAAGAAUUUAAUUCGGCGGCCGCAGCAUCUUACGAAGUUGAACGGUGGACUGAAAUCGUUGGUAGAAAAAAUAAAAGAAACAGAAAGCCUAGACCUAAAAAUAAAGAGAGCAACUUCAACUUCGGUGAAGACGAUAUAUACGCCAUGAAAGUGCACGGCAUUUUGAUCGACAGUGAAAACUCUGACAGUGGGAGAGAUGAAUUUGACGAGAUGUAUUACAGUUUGAUGCCGCCCCCGUGUAAUGUUGACCCAUCAAAAAUUGUCGUCAUUGAAGAAAAGAAAAACGACAACUUCAAUGGGAAGUCAGAAAAAGAUUAAUUUUAAUUUAUGUGAUGGAUAAAGUGAUUUAUGUAUUUGAUCUCUUAUUUACUUUUAUAAAUAAUAAAUGUUGAUUUCUAAGUUUGUGAUCUUUAACGUAAUUUUUUUAGAAUAAAUAAUAUUUUGUAUUGUUUUUAUUUGUUAAUUUCGUCAACAAUAAAAGAGAACCAAACAAACGAGUAAA